AAAUAGAAGAAAUAAGGGUAAACCAGAAAGUUAAAAAAAAUGUUAGCAAUUGAUAAGAUAGAAGAAGAAAACGAAUGAGACUAUGGGUAGUGGGUUACAAUGGAGCAGAAACCAAAAAAGAGUGACAAGGAAAGCAAAAAACAAAGACUUAAUCGUGAAGCAAGAUAGAAGAAAAGGAAAAGUACAAUAAAAAAGAGCCUCUAACCUAACCUGGUAUUGGGUUAACUUCCGAUCAAAGGACCUAGAUGAUUGAUUUUUAGUAGUAUAUAUGCACUCAUAUGUGACCCUUUUUCCUUAGCUGUUUUUAUUCCAAUUCCACAAUAGAAUUACUCGAAAAACUGCCACUUGAGCGACAGAGCAGACUCGACUUCCCCGAAAAAGUUGACGCCGUCCCGGUGGCGCCGCUACCUGCCGGAAUAUUCUGCUUCCUGAGGUAUUUUAGUUGAUCUCUAUUUCACCAUCUUCGUGGAAGUCAACAUGUAGGGACUCAUUGAUGCUUGAUUCUAUUUCUUCACCAUAUAAACAAUGAGUAAUAAAAAGGCGUGGAGUAAAUUCUUGCUUGAUCAUUUGGAUGGGGAUUCUCGAUUGAAUUAGGCAUUUAGGUUCAGACAGGGGGAUAUGCCUUAUCAGGUUCGAGAAAAUCUGUUGAUUGGUAACAUAAAUGAUGCUGCUGAGAUUCUUCAACAAGGCAGCGAACAAAUUACACAUAUAUUAUCAGUUCUUAGUUCGCCUUCAUUUUCAACUUUCUGGCGUAGUGAAGUUGUGAUCCCUACCAAGGAGAUUCACAAGGCUUAUUUCAGAGAUAAUGGCACUGCUGAGCCAAACACUUCUCUAUCAUCCCGGAAGCUUCUAUACUCAUUGGAGUAUGCUGGGAAAGAUCUAAAGUUUGUGAGGAUGGCAGUAUCUUUAAGAGAUUUGGAGACGGAGAAUCUGCUGGAUUAUCUGGAGGUGUGUUUGGAUUUCAUUGAAGAAAGUAGAAAACAAGGGUGUAUACUUGUGCAUUGCUUUGCUGGUGGCUCAAGAAGUGCAGCCGUGGUUAUAGCAUACUUGAUGAGAUCUGAACAGCUGUCAUAUAAAGAUGCCAUUGAAUCUCUUCAAAGCUGCAAAUCUGUUUGCCCAAAUGAUGGUUUUGUAGAUCAGUUGAAAAUGUUUGAAGAAAUGGACUUCAAGGUUAAUCGUGCCAGCCCCAUAUACAAACGCUUUCGCUUAAAACUACUAGUAGGUUUGCUUUUCAAGUGCAAGUUUAUGACACACGUGGUUAAAUGGAUCUUCAGAGGGAACUGCUUCCCAAAGUCCCGAACUCCCCUUUAGUUUGUUGAGGAACUUGAAGUCCUGCUCAAGACACCACCAAAUGAUCUACGGUUGAGUUUUCUCUUUAUAAGUGUGAUGCACUAUAUCAUGCGUUGGAUCAUCACUACUACCACGGGUGGCAAAAGCUCCAAAAUGCUUAGGAAAGUAGUUCCCUUCCUCAAUACCCUCAAUUAGACCACACUUGGUCAUCUUAAAUUCACCCAAAAGUUCAUGUCCCAUAAUCAGUCCAUAGGAACUUGUUUCCAAACCAUUAUGCUAACUUUUUCUGUUUUAGCCAGUGAAUUCUGACUGAAUUUGAUUGCAUUCUACAUCCUUACUGAUAUAGUGAUUUGUGAAAAAGUUUAAACAGAUGAAUACGAGUAUCCAAAUAUGUUGUCAAACAGUCAUUUACCAGAAUAUCCAAAAUUCAUGCACCUGCUUGGAA